GAUUUAUUUUCAACGUCCAUACAGGAAGCAGUUGUCACAUUACUGCAACCCAGCUGUAUCUCUGUUUCUCCUUGUAAACACAUCCCUAGUAUGAGGCAUGGACGGCCAGAAUAUAACCAAAGUGGUCCUGCUGUCCUGCGGGUCCUUCAACCCCAUCACCAACAUGCACCUGAGGAUGUUUGAACUGGCUCGGGAUUAUCUGGAGGACACAGGUCAGUACAGGGUGGUGAAAGGCAUCCUCUCUCCGGUGGGUGAUGCCUAUAAGAAGAAGGGUUUGAUUGAGGCACACCACCGCAUGGAGAUGGCCAGAUUGUCCACAGAUAACUCAGACUGGAUCACUGUAGAUGCCUGGGAGAGCUUGCAGCCAGAUUGGGUGGAGACAUCCAAAGUCGUUCGGCAUCACUAUGACGAAAUGCUUGAGGCAGAACAGAACACCGAUGAUGUCGACACAGUAAAGUACGCAAAAAAGAGACGCAUAGAGGAGAAUUAUGAGGGUUCAUCUCGUCACAAAAGGAGAGACAGCCCUCAGCUAAUGUUGCUGUGUGGGGCCGAUGUCCUGGAGUCCUUCGGGGUCCCCAACCUGUGGAAGCAGGAGGACGUCGCUGAGAUUGUGGGCCACUACGGUUUGGUUUGCAUCUCCCGCAGCGCCAGUGACCCCGACAAGUUCAUUCACCAAUCAGACAUGCUGUGGAAGUAUCGCAAGAACAUCCACGUGGUCCGCGAGUGGGUGACCAAUGAGAUCUCAGCCACUCACGUGCGCCGGUCGCUGCGUCGAGGUCGGAGCGUCAGGUACCUGCUGCCAGAAGGCGUGGUUGAUUACAUACAUGUGCACGGCCUCUACAGCACUGAGAGCGAGCAGAAAAAUGCAGACGUGGUUCUCGCACCCCUCCAGAAAUACACGGGGGGCUCCUCAAGCUGAGGAUGUUUACUGCGGCAGAAAGAGUGAUAAGCUGUCUACACUAAGUGCUGUAUGUUCACUAUGAAUCUAAAACUAUUUAUAUGCAAUUCAGACUUCCACCCGUGCCUACUGGUGAGCUACAGUACAGUCUUUUCUAGUAAUGGGUGGGUUUUUUAAAGAAGAUAAAUCUGCAUAGACUUUACUGAGUGAAGUGAUUCAGUAACAAUUCAUUUAGCUUGUGUGCGUGGAAAAGUACAAUAGUCAAAAACAAUAACUGAGCAACUGGCUGGGAGGUCAUCUUAAUCAUUGCUACUGUAGAAAAUACAUCUGGUGCGUGGUUAUUGAAUUAGGGAUUCAUACUUUUGUGAAGUAGUCAUCAUACAGUGUGUCUGGUAUUCCAUGACAUUAUUUUAAUCUGUUUACUUGCUUUAGCUCCAUGCUUCAGCAUACUCUCUCAACUCAUCACAUUUUGUGUACCUAGAGCAGGAUUUGUUCAUUCACUUCCUCAGGCAAAAUCAGGUAAUGUGCUUUCAACAUGUUUACUUGCUAGUGCUGCAGAUUUGAUUUGUAUUGGUUUGAAAAAGAAUAAACAACCCUCUUUGUUUUCCAC